AAGAAAGUGCUGGAAGCAAACCAAUCCCAAUCCCAAGCACUUCUUCAUGAGACCAAUCACCUUCAACCCAUGCAGACUCACUCUGCCACUACGACGAGCACCAAGACCACCACUACUACUACUAAGACUACUCCACCACCACCACCCACCAAGAGCCUCCAUCAGAACCAUCAGCCCAUACUCAACUCAAGCCGACCAUCAUCAUCAUCAUCAAGAACUCAAGCCGAGCAAACUUGCAAGACAACAACAGACUGAGGACAGCAAGAAGACCCGGGAGAACAUCUACACGAUCCCCAACCUACUCACCUCCACCCGAAUCAUCCUCUGUCCACUCCUCAGCUACACCAUCAUCCAUGACCACCAUCUCCUCAGCACCGGACUGCUCCUCUACUGCGCUCUCUCAGACUGGCUCGACGGAAAACUGGCUCGCAUGUAUCCCCACAAGAUGGCCAGCGUCCUCGGCACUAUCUUAGACCCGGCGGCUGAUAAAAUCCUCAUGACCACUUUGGUCCUCAGUCUCAGUUAUAAGACUCUAUUGCCUCUGCCUCUGACUUCGAUCAUCAUUGGACGAGACUUAUUACUCUCACUCUCCGCAUUCUAUUUCAGAUAUCAAUCAUUACCAACACCAAAAACGUUUGCUAGGUUCUGGGAUUUCUCAUUGCCUUCCGCCCAAGUCACGCCGACCCAGAUCAGCAAAUAUAACACCUUCCUACAAUUGAGUCUGGUCGGCUUGACGACAAUCAAUCCACUCAUUCCUCUCGACACACACACGCCCAUCGUACUCCUUCAAUGGACCGUUGCAUCUACUACGAUCAUCUCUGGACUGUCUUACGUGUUCUCGAGAAAUGCGAUCCAAUAUAUUCGAUAACCCUCACCCCCCCACCCCGCUUGAGACGAUAGAUUAUGCUAGUGGUGGAAUGAUACUUUUCAUCGUAUAUCCCUCCAAAACUUAACAACAAAAACAAGACGAAAAUCAUGAGGAGGGACGAGUCGAAAAUUGAUAUAAUGAUCGGCAACCAAAAGAUCGAUAGAUACAGUCACCCAACAAAAAAAGAAGAACCAAUAAACUGUUCUGGAAAUCCUCAAAAGAAAACUUGGGGCUAGAUUCCAAAGUUUUU